GCUAUGGUCUUCCAGUGCUUGAAGGCGUAGUGCGCGUGCGGCACUGCGAGUUUUACAAUAUUUUAUUUAUUUUAUCUAUAUAUUUUUCCAUUAGCAGUUGUUAAACCAAGUGAUCACAUUUUCUCAUUCAUCUGUAAAUACAAGGCGAUACACAGUGGUUUUAUUGCAAAUGGAUGCAAUUUCUAGUAACAUCAACAGAAAACAUAAUUAUCUCUACUUUUGUCUGUGAUGAGAAUUGAAUAUGGUCCUAGAGAGUGGAAAAUACAUGGGAUGAAGUGUUUUAUUGUGCUUGUCUGAUUGAUGGCCUGUAGAAAAAUGGAUGAACUUUUUCUUGUUCUGCAGUAUAUUUACAAGAGACUUCUUUUCGAAAAAGAGUUGAAGAAUGAUGCAUGUGAAGUUGCAAGGGUCCUCAUCCCCUGUGUAUCCAUGCAGAAUGCACAUUUUGCAGCAAAUGUGUCAUGUCAGGCAGAGGAGACUCAAAUGGGCAGUAGGGGUUGGCAGGGCAGUGCCCAUCUAAAUGCUGGCCCAUCUGACAGCAUGAAUCCAGACAUUGGUGCUUACAACAGCAAACUUACAAAUGAAACUUCUCCAAGAUUGUGUCACAACGAUUUUGUUUUGCUUCAGCUUACUCUGGUGGAGAUGCUGAGUUGCAAGGCACAAAAUCCUCUUGUCGAUGUUGCUGUUCAGCAGCAGUACAUCAACAUCCUUACCAUUUUAGAUGACAUGGGAAUCGUAGUUAAAUUGUUGCACCUUUUCAGUAGUACAGAAAAGUUACUGUGUCACACAGCCGCAAAAUGCGUUGCCUCACUGGUGCUGUUCCAUAUGAGAAAUAAUGUGCUAAAUAGCACUUGGCUAAAGAUGUGUUUGAAGACCUUGUCUGAGGAUGCUUAUGGAUGUCGGACAGCAGAAUGCCUGUGGUCUCUUACCACUGUAAUAAAGUGUGCAGUAAAAGAUCAUAGUCUUCGCCAGUCAGGUAUUCUUCAGACGUUUUUUGCUCAGUUAGACCCUGUACUUGAAGGAUACUACAUUCUUGCAUUGUCCUGUGACUCUCAUGAUAAGUUGCAAGCUAAUACUUCCAGAACAAGAACUGAAAGUACCAUUAUAAGCAACCUGGCUUCCUUUAUUGACUUGCUUGAAGUGCUUGUAGCUUCUCGAGUCUAUCUCCAGUCUGACUUUUUGUGUCAAAGGCUUUUACACCUGCACUCUGAUUAUGCCUUGCAGCUUCUGACCUCAAGUGUACAUUAUGUAGCUAAGAGAAAACUUGUUAUACUUUUGAAGAAGUGCCUUGUUUGGAAAGCCGGCGAAGACUUGGUAAACACUCCUGUGCCUCACUUGCCUGAUUCUCAUUGUCUAAGUAAUGAUACAUUUGUACUAGCUGAGACAGUUUUACACACUGCUACACUGGAUUGGCUAACUCGUAUACCAGUCAGUGAAAAUGUUGUCCAGUUUGGAGGCUCGUCUGUGCUGGCGAAAGACUCUGCUCAAGUAGGGCCUGAUAUGGUGUUUCUAAGGGCUUUGAGUCUGACUCUGUUGAAAGCUGUAGAAAUAAAUGCAGCCCACUCUGCCACAGAAAUGGAAAGAAAAGCCGAUCCGUGUGUUUUUCUUUCGCAAUUGAUGGUACUGUUAAGAAGACAUCUUAAAUCUACUGCACAAGUAAAACAGCUACUGCAUCCUUGUGCCUGGAUCUCUCUGGUUUUUAUGGAACAAGAUGAUGACAUGAUGGAAGCAGCUAAGGCCAUGUUGACCAUUUACUUGCACCAUGAAAGGUCUGUAAUAAGUUCAGAUUCUACCAAUAAAGAGAAGAAAUCGACUACUAUGGACCAUGAGCUUGGCUGUAACCCCCACUGUGUUUUCCUACACCUGUUGAACAGCAUCGCAUUUGACCAUGCAGUUCUUCUUGACUAUUUAAUUUCUACAGAAACGUGCUUUCUUGAAUACCUUGUUAGGUAUCUGAAACUACUUCAGAAAGACUGGCAACAUUUCAUCAGUGCUUGUGAGUUAUGUCAGACUACAUUUAAAAAUACCUGCUGUACUCCUUUUGUUCCUAACAUCACAAGUAAAGAAACAGCUGAUAUUAGUUAUAAUUUAGACUCGAAGACCGAAGGCAGUAACUUAAAGGUUCCAACUAAGAUAGUUUUGUCUUCUUCAUGUACCUCAGAAAUCAUGAACUACCCGUAUGACUGUCGGCCAGUAGUUCCUGACGUAUCGUUAUGUUCACUUAAUAGUGAUUCCGUGAACCCAGUUCUUCCUGCUGCUCAAAGCCUGGUAGAUUAUGACAUCUCCGAUGAUUCUGAGCCAGAAUUGUCAAAAGAGGCAUCUCUAGCAGAAGUAAAGCAGCCACACUUCAUCCCCCAAGAUAGCAAUGUGCUGAAGGAACAUGAACAUUCAUUUUUUAUGGUUGCAAAAAAUGAACUAUGCAUGAUCCAGAACCAUAAAAUGACAGCAAGCAUUGAAGACCAUAAUAGUUCAGUGUGUUGCAGAGCUGAAGAAGAUCUGGGUAACACAGAGACCUUUGAAGAUCUGCAUGUCAGAGCAUUUAAGUGUUUAAGGGACCUGCAGAACGCCAUUGCUAGGUUACAUUGCAAAAAGUUGUUUCCAUAUAAUCCAGCAGCACUGCUAAAGUUACUUGGAAAUGUCAAAUCCCUGUCAGAAGUGUACUAAAGGAAAAGCUAGUUGUUUAACUAACUUUUAAGUGGCAUUCAGAACAUCAUGAAUGAUGUUAACUAACUUUUGAGUGGUAUUCAGAACAUCAUGAAGAAUGAAAAAAAAUAAAUGUAUAAAAAUAAUUUGCAAAUUCAUGUUUAGAAUUGUUGAGUUUGACCUUUUGAAACUAUCUAAAGUAAACCAAUGAGUAUGUUUGAUCCUCGAAGAUA